AUGAGCGCUGUCGGUGGGUACGGGUCUGGACGCACCACGGAGACCGGUGAAUCCGGGUUCCUAGAAAAUGGGUCAACCGAAAGGGUCCUUCUGGACGCCGAUGCUUGCGCCGCCUGGCUGAAGCCUCGGUUGCCGUUCUCAACUUUUGACGCUGAGGAGCACUGGUCACCAGCUUACGGCGAAUCGUUCCUGGCGUGGUGCCAGGAUGCGACGCAAGCCAGACUUUUCGUGCAUUUUGACAAGCCCGCUGACGGGGCACCUCACCUUCGCUUCGUCAGAAACCGGAUCCCUGAGGAUGUUCGCUCUGCAGAAAUCGACGAGUUCGUCUUCUUCGCGAAGCGAACGUCGACCCCGAUCACGGCUGUGAACUUGAACGAGCAAGUGUUCUUUACCUGCAUCCGCGGGGACAUGUUGAAAUAUCUGCUGACACUCAUAGGCGGAGUCUACGUUCCUCUUUCUAUGAAGGAGCAUGGUUGGCCCGAGACUAUUCGCAAAGACUUCACGGGACAGCUGCAACGAUUCUUGGCUACGGUAACUGAGAACAUCUACAAAGCGAAAGGCGCGACUCUGUUGUACGUCCCUAUCGACGACUUGUCAGACUUGGAAGUAGCGUUGAAGGACAAGGAUCUCGUCCAGCGCUUGGAGGCAACGGUCAUCCACUGGACUCGCCAGAUCAAAGAAGUCAUGAUGGUUCAGGAUACUACUCAAGAAGCAGACAAUACAGGCCACCUUGACGAGAUCCGUUUUUGGAGGGAGCGGGCUGUGAACUUCUCCCGAUUGAUGGAGCAGUUCAAAAGUCAAGCUGUUCAGAGAAUCUUUCAGCUGCUUGAACGCUCGAAGUCAACCUACUUGAAACAAUUCAGAGUCGUUCAAGCGGAUGUUGAGCAGGCAUCCCUGGAGGCAGAAGACAAUCUGAGGUUUCUGUCAGCUCUAGAGAAGCCAUCCGAGAAGUUGGCGCAGGCGAAACCAAAGGAGAUUCCCUCCAUUCUACGACAGCUUCUGAACUCGGUCCGAAUGAUCUGGUCAACAUCUACCUACUACAACACAUCCGACCGCAUUUCAGGUCUGCUGAGAAAAAUCUCUUCCGAAGUGAUAAAACGGUGCCAAGCUGCCAUCGAUCUCAAUUCCAUAUGGAGCGGCGUGGUCGAUGAUGCAAUGACGUCUCUUGAGCAGUCAAUAGAAUGCGGAAGAGCGUGGAAAGGGCUUUACCAACCGAUGUGCAAACUGGUCAAGCGCUACAGUCAAGGACGUGAAUGGGACUUUCCUGAAGGAGCUGUUUUUGCCGAGAUCGAUGCCUUUGUCCAAAGGUGUUGCGACUUGCUAGAAGUCUGUGAGUGCCAAAGACACUUCAACACUCGCGCCCAGCAAAUCGUCUUGCCACUAUUCGGAGGACUACGUUGCAAAGAAGUAACAAGAAGCAUCUAUGAAAUCGAGGACUCCUUCGCUAAAGGACUACGAAGACUACGUGAUCUGGACUACUUUGUGCUCGAUGUGAAAGCCGCACGGUGGCAUGACGACUUUGCAGUUUUCAAAAAUCAGGUUAAGGACCUCGAGUUCAUGUACAAAAAUGUCAUCACGUCAGCCUUAGAGGGCGUCCAGACAGUCGACGGAGCGUGCCAGGUUUACGAUGCUUUCUAUUUGCUGGCAAAGCGUACGCGAAUCAAAAAAUUUCUUGAGAAGAAAAGUGCAGAUGUAUGGACUCUUUUCAUACAGGAUCUCACUCUCGUAAAACGGCAAUUUGAGUACAUUCGGAAAAAUCCGACUCAGUCUCUUUCUGUUCCCUAUCAGCAUCCACCACAUGCAGGCCUCGGCCUGUGGGCCCGUGGGCUGAUCUUGAAGAUUCAGAAUCAGAUGGACACACUCGACUCCAUGCACUACUUGCCUUCAUGUAGAGAGGCAGAAGUCGCACGGGAGAACUUCAACAGCAUUCGCUCUAUGCUCGUUUCUUUCACAGAGCAAUCCUUCGAGGAGUGGACCCAAGAGCUGAACGCCCUUGAUGGGAACACUGCGGCACUGGCGAAGAGCCUAGAACGGCCUUUGUUGAUCCGGGCGGACGCAAAUAUUCUUUCCCGUGGCAGGGGCGGACAGCUGGAAAGCAACUUCGAUAAGACGUUGCUGAAGAAUCUCCAAGAGGCGUACUUCUGGCAGAAGAUGCAUAACCAAGGGAUCAAUCUGCCUUAUGCAGCCCAUGAAAUGCUGCGACAACGCGAUAAAUUGAUGGCUCUUCGCGAGCAUGUCCUUCGCGUAGUUAGAGAAUAUAAUCUCACCCUAGAGACUAUAGCGCCAGAUGAGCGAAGGCUCUUUCAGCAACACAUCAAGACGCUAGACAAGAAAGUCGCACCUGGAAUUCAAAAGCUGACAUGGAACUCAAAAGGAAUCAAGGAGUUUUUCGUCCGUGACACGUGCAGAGAAUGCCAGGUUGUCUACGGCUUUGUCCGCCGGUUCCAGACGAACCACCAGACAAUUUUAAAUCACUGCAAGGGCAUUUCCGAGUUGCAUUUUCUUUCCAUUGAUCGGCGGAAAAUCUACGCGGAUGAAGAAUUCCGCCAGGCACAAGCCGCUAAGAAAGUCGAGAUGGAGGCAUACUUGUCUGAAGCACAUGCAGGCAUCUCUGCGGUUCUGCAGGACUCUCAGCGGCUGUUCGAGGACCAUCCUCCCGAGAUACAGCGAGAGUGGAAAAUGUAUGUUGAGAAGGUGGACAAGCGAGUGGGGGAUGCCCUGAAGAAGGCCGUGCGAACUUCGCUGCAGGAAUUGUCGAAAGUACUAAACCCGGCUGAUGGUAAAAACAGCACCGUUGACGUGGCUCCCUUGUUCAAAGUCUACGCUGUGCUGGACAGUCACAACCGCAUGGAUUUCAAGCCAACCAUGGCAGACCUCAAAGAGCUCCUGCAAGUUGUCUGCAAGGAUUUGUGUCUCACUCUCCACGUCGUCCCGCGUCUCUGGGAGUAUCUCCAGACUCUCAGGGAAAGAGACAGCGAAUUUCCAGACGACGACAACUCGGAGAGAGAGGAGCAUCGAGCGGAGGGAGAACCUAAGGCGGAGGGAAAAAAGCAACUGUCGACUUUCUAUGCAAUGAUUUCCAAGGAUGACGACUGUGUCCGCAUAGUCGUUCAGAUUAUGAAAGGCAUGGCGAACUGCGCGUUGAAACUACAGGAGAGACUCAAGUGGUGGCAUAACAACUACCACCCGAUCGUUUCACAGAACAAGGAAGAUAUUAUUAGAAAGUACGCCAGAACGGAACGACCUCUUCCAGUCAUCUGCACAAAUAUCCAAAGGUACAAGGAGCUCCAGGCAGACAUUCAGCAAGAGGAAUUCAAGAUUACGCUGUGCUUCUUAGAGGCGGAUUUCACGCUUUUGAAACAAGCUUUGAUGAAGCAUUGCCAACAGUGGCAAGCUCAGUUGGUGGCCUACUUGCAUAGGAAUGCGCUUUUGGAAGCUGACAACCUCCUGGCGUACUUCACGUCGAACGCUGAGCGUUUGAGGCAGGUGCCGACGACGACAGAGGAAAUUCGAGAGAAACUGAAUCUCUGGCACAGAUGCAAAGCUGAUAUUCCGUACCUCGAAGACCGCAUACGUCCUAUCGAGGAGCAAUUCGCAAAACUUGCAGAGCUGGAUGUUCAAAUUCCUGAGUUCGAAGACACCAAGCUGCAGUCGCUUCGCCCUAGAGCGCAGCAGUUUGAAUCCAUGCUGGAGGAGACGGAAGUCAUGCUCAACAAGACGAAGAAGUCUAUGGCAGCGGACAUCGAGAUGCUGAUGCAGGCUGUCGGGAAACAGGCCGCUGACCUAUUCAAGCAGUUCAGUGCUUCUGCGCCCUUCGAUGGCGUUGCCUUCAACUACGACUCGCAGAUCGCCUUCAAUACAAUUGCCCUGUACAGGGGAGAAGUCCAGAAGCUCCGCGACAGCGAAGAGCGACUCAAGCCGAAACUUGAAUUCUUCGAACUAGAAGCCAUGCAGUACAAGGAACUAGCGAAAAUGGAGAGCGACUUCCAAAUGCUGACUGAUAUAUGGACUCUGGCGGAACAAUGGGAGUCCGAGUGGAACCGAAUCAAGAUGAAGGCGCUGUACGAUCUGAGCAUGUCUGACCUAGAGCUGACGGCUGAUGCCUUCCAGGGUAGACUGGUGAAGAUGAAGGAAAUUCGCACUUGGCCCAUCUGGCGGAAGUGCCAGCAAGAAGUCGACCAAUUCCGGAAGGGACUGCCUCUCAUCAGCAACUUGCGCAGCCCGGCGCUGAGAGAGCGACACUGGCUGCGUCUCAAGAAGGAAGUUGCUGAGCCUUUCGAUCCCCAUUCUAAGGAGUUCACUCUCAAUUCCGUCGUCCAGCUUGAUUUGGUCCGGCGAGCCGAUCUCAUCGGCCGCUUGGCGGACGAAGCUCGCAAAGAGUUCAAAAUCGAAACUGCUCUUCAAGAGAUCGCCUCGACGUGGAAGAACAUGCAGCUCGACAUUGGUCCCCACAAAGACAUGUUGCUCAAGCUCAAGAGCAACGACGACCUGUUCAACAUCCUCGAAGAGAACAUCCUCGCGCUGAGCGUGAUGAAGUCGAACCAGUACCACCUGCCCUUCAAAGACGAAGUUGACUACUGGGAAACGACGCUCGCACACAUUUCCGAAGCGAUCGAAUGGCUUCUCCAAGUUCAGAAACAAUGGAUUUACCUAGAAAACGUCUUCAGAGGAUCCGAUGACAUCCGAUCCAUGCUGCCACAGGAAGCGACCGUCUUCGAUGGAGUACACGUCAUGUUCGUCGGCCUCUUGUUUCGCCUUCAAGCUGACACAAGCGUCCUGCGUGCAUGCACAAUCCCGGGACUCGUCGCCGACUUGAACGAGAUGAAUGAUAAACUCGAUCGUCUGCAGAAGUCGCUCGACGACUACCUCGAGAAUAAGAGGCAAGAAUUUCCGAGGUUCUACUUUCUCUCCAAUAGCGACUUGCUCGAGAUUCUUGGACACUCCAAGGAGCCCGACCAGAUUCAAAAGCAUAUCAAGAAGAUUUUCGAAGGCAUCAAACUUCUCGACCUCAUUCCGCCGGGCAAGAGGCAAACGAAAGCCUGGGAUGCCGAGGGUAUGAUCGCUCCAGACGGGGAAAAGGUGAAAUUCCAGCCGAAGAACGUUGUACUGGAAGGGCCUGUUGAAGUGUGGCUGAACAAGGUGGAGAAAGGCAUGCGCGAGACGCUGAAGCGUCUGCUCGUGUCGACACACCAAGCGAAUCUGGCGAAGGGAACCAAGAAGGAACGCUGGGUCCUCGAGUGCUGCGGCCAACUGGCUAUCACAUCCAGUCAGAUUGCCUGGACCAGCGACACUGAAAAUGCAUUGAGAAAGAUUGCGAAGGGAAACAAGAAUGCGCUCAAGCAACUGAAGAAGCAGCAGUGUCGAUAUCUGUCGAAGCUGAUUGACUUAGUGCGGAAACCGCUGACUCCAGUCGAACAGUCCAAGAUCGUCUCUCUUAUCACAAUCGAAGUGCAUGCGAGAGAUGUUCAGGAGAAACUCAUUCAGAUGCGCUGCGAAAACGACAACUGCUUCGUGUGGAAGUCCCAACUUCGAUUUGAACUGCGGGACGACAUUGUCGAGGACAAACAGGGCAACUCCAGUUCGGCUCCUGGACUCGGCGUGAUGACUUGUCACGUUCGCCAGACCGAAACGUCGCUCCCGUACGGCUACGAGUACCAAGGCAACAACGGACGCCUCGUCAUCACUCCUCUCACUGACAAGUGCUACAUGACUCUGACUAUGGCACUUCAUUUGAAGCUCGGCGGGUCGCCACAGGGUCCCGCUGGGACUGGAAAAACAGAAACAGUUAGAGAUUUGGGGAAAGGCGUUGCGAAACUGGUCCUUGUCUUCAAUUGCUCCGACGCCCUGGACUACAUUUCCCUCGGAAGGAUUUUCAGCGGCUUGGCGCAGUCCGGCACAUGGGGCUGUUUCGAUGAGUUCAACCGCAUCGAAAUUGAAGUUUUGUCUGUCGUUGCGCAGCAGAUCUCCGUUAUUCAGCAUGCGCUGCGUUUCCAAAACUUCAAGUUUCUGUUUGAAGGCCACCGCGUGCGCCUCGAUCCGUACUGUGGCAUUUUCAUCACAAUGAAUCCUGGAUAUGCCGGACGAACUGAACUGCCAGACAACCUCACGAGCCUCUUCCGCCCCGUCGCCAUGAUGGUUCCCGAUUUGGUUAUGAUCUGCGAAAUCACGCUCAUGGCCGAAGGCUUCGAGGACGCUCGCGUGCUUUCGAAGAAGAUCAUCACUCUCUAUCAACUGAUGACGCAACAACUGAGCAAACAAGAUCACUACGACUUUGGGCUGCGAGCGAUUCGGGCCGUGUUGAGUCGAGCUGGGCAAAUCCGGCGAAGCGGCGGCGACCAGACAGAACAGGAUGUAUUAAUUCGAGCGAUUUUGGACAUGAAUGCGUCCAGAACUGUGACGGACGACAGUUUCCUCUUCAACGCCUUGAUGUCUGACCUCUUUCCAGAAACGGAUUUGACUCAGUUCCCCAACAGCGACCCAGUGCUGAGGAGGGCACUCGACUGGGCGAUGGAGGCAGACGGCCUGCAGAAGGUCGAUCACAUCGCCGUGAAGGCGACUCAGCUGUUCCUCACCAUGCAGACUCGCCACGGCAACAUGCUCGUGGGGAAGAGUCUCACAGGAAAAACGACAACUUGGAGUAUUCUGCAAAAGGCCCUUUGUCAUCUAAAUGCGACAGGGACUCCAGACUUUGAAGCUGUGAAAACGUGGGUGAUUAACCCAAAAUCUCUCGAUGUGAAUGAGCUAUACGGUCGCUUCAACAUUCAAACUUUGGAGUGGACGGACGGCAUCCUUUCCGCGAUCGUGAGGGAGGUUUGUCAAGACACGCGUCUCACACACAAGUGGAUAAUUCUUGACGGUCCUGUAGACCCCCUCUGGAUCGAAUCGAUGAACUCGCUGCUCGAUGACAACAAGACCUUGACCCUGAUCAAUGGAGACCGUAUCGCCAUGCCUCCGCAGGUGUCUCUUCUCUUUGAAGUCGAGAAUCUCGCAGCAGCGUCGCCUGCCACAGUCAGUCGCGUGGGUAUGGUCUACAUGGACCCGGGUGACCUCGGUUCGGGGGGAGUGCACCGAGUUGGUCCCCAUUACGGAUAUGAACGGGGUGAUUUCCCUUUGCAAGCUCUACGAGGUGUUUGCGGGGCGUCUGACUCCGGAUUUGCAGGGCGAGAAGCAGUUUUCAAUGGUGGAAAAGUGGACCGGUGCAUCCGACAGAUCGAGCCUUCCUUUCCGCCGGGGCACUUGGUCUAUGACUAUUUCCUCAACUACGAGAAACAGGACUGGAAGUUGUGGGAAGACCGCCUGCCAAGCCAGUAUAGGCCCUUCGAGGGGACGCCUUUCCAUAAGAUCAUCGUACCCACGGUCGACGUCUUGAGAAAUGGCCAUGUGCUGAGCGGACUCAUCUUGCACAGAAGACACGCACUCUGCGUCGGGCAGACGGGAACUGGUAAAACGUCUUCGAUUUUGACGACGGUGAUGCAGGAGUUGCCCGAAAGCACUCACGCGACUCUCAUCAUCAAUUUCUCCGCCCAGACUUCGUCGAAGAAAACGCAGCAGAUCAUUGAGGGAAAGCUCGAAAAGCGAGUGAAGGACAAGUACGGACCCCCCGGGAAUAAGCGACUGGCGUGCUUUGUAGACGACUUGAACUUGCCCCGCAAGGACACCUUCGGAUCUCAGCCGCCGCUCGAGCUCCUUCGGCAACUCAUUGACUAUGGCUGCUGGUAUGACAGGGGAAAGCAAACGGUGAAGUAUGUGCAAGACACGCAGAUCUUGGCAGCCAUGGGGCCUCCUGGAGGGGGACGGUCCGUGAUUCCUGCCCGCCUUCAGUCGCGCUUCAACUUACUCAAUUUCACAGAGCCUGACGAGCAGCAGGUCAAGCGAAUCUUCAACACGCUCGCCAUUCAUAAAUUCUCCGAUUUCCGCGAGGACAUUAAGACAAAUGCGGAGAAUUUGGCGACUGCAACGAUUUCCCUCUUCGAACAAGUUCGCGAGCAGUUCCUUCCGAAACCUGACAAGCCCCAUUAUUUGUUCAACAUGCGGGACAUGUCGCGAGUAUUCCAGGGGAUCUACCAGGCUGAGCCGCAUGUGUAUGAAGACAGAGACAGCAUUCUCAGACUAUGGCUCCAUGAGUGCAUGCGUGUGUUUCACGAUCGUCUAGCCUCUGAGGAGGAUCGGGGUGAACUUCUUCACAUUCUUGACGGCGUCCUGGACAAGACGCUACAGAUGGGAGUCAAGGACAUCUGCAGGGCCGAGAAGGAUUUGAUUUUCGUGGCUCUUCCGUUUGACAGCACGCCUGGAGCUGAGGCGUCCUACGACGAAGUAUCCGACAAACAAAUGCUGAAAACUUUCCUCGCAGCCAAGUUGGAGGAAUACAACGAACGCAGCCUGCGCGGCCGCAUGCCUGUGGUGCUCUUCAAGGACGCUAUCGAGCACUGUUGUCGAAUUUUCCGCAUCCUUUGCCUCCCGAACGGACAUGCGACGCUGGUGGGAGUCGGCGGGAGCGGUCGCCACUCUCUUACGCUGUUUGCAUGCUUCCUGGCAGACCACCAGUGCUUCCAAAUCGAGGUGAAUCGAGACUACGGCCACCCCGAGUUCCAGGAAGACCUAAAGAAACUGUACAAUGCAACAGGCGUGGACGGCAAACGCACCACCUUCCUUCUCUCCGAUGCGAAUAUUCUGAGCGAGUCGUUUAUUGAAGAUGUGCACAACAUGCUGAGUUCCGGAGAGGUCUCGAAUCUCUUCACCACCGACGAGUUUUCUGCGAUUUCUGCGGAGCUGGAAAAAGCAGCCAGGGCCGCGGGAGUUAAUCCUUCUAAUAGAGACGCCAUGCACGAUUUCUUCUUGUCGCGAGCCCGAGAAAACCUCCACAUUGUUUUCUGCGUCCGCCCCAUCGGGCAGCAGCUUCGAGACUACUGCAGAAACUAUCCGGGCGUCGUGAACAAUACAACCAUCGACUGGUUCUUUCCUUGGCCCGAAGACGCUCUCACUGAAGUUGCAGCGACGUUCUUGGUCGACUCGACAGUUGAAGUGGAGCACCGCCAAAGUAUCACGCAAGUCGUUUCUGCUGCUCACGCCUCGGUCAUAGCUGAGUCGGAGAGAAUGUUUGCAGAAAUGAAGAGACGAAACUACGUCACCCCAACGAAAUUCCUCGAAUUAGUUCAGGGGUACAUCCGCCUGUAUCGGGAAAAGACAGAAGAAGUUCAGGAACUCGUUCACAAGCUCACAGUGGGUCUGCACAAACUCGUCGAGACGCGCGCACAGGUUGAAGUCAUGGGAACCGAAUUGGAGAGAAAGAAGGAGAUCGUUGCGAAGAAACAAACAGAGUGUCAAGACCUCUUGGUUGUCAUUGUGGAGAAGCGAAGCGUUGCAGAUGAACAGAAAAAACAGGUCGAAGCGGACAGCGACCGAAUUAGCAAAGAAGAAGUCGAAACGAAAAUCCUCUCCGAAGACGCACGGCGCGACCUCGCAAAGGCCAUGCCUGCACUCGAGGCAGCCAUCGAUGCUCUCGAAAAACUCGACAAAAAGUCCGUCGCUGAGGUCAAAGCAUAUACCAAGCCUCCAGACCUCGUCGUCAAGACGAUGGCAGCCGUGAUGACAGUGAUGGAGAAGACGCCUUCCUGGGCGCAAGCGAAAGUGGAGCUUAACGACCCCAGUUUCCUCACUAAAGUCAAGAACUUUGACAAAGAUUCGAUCUCGAAUAACACUCUGAAGAAAAUCGAGAAAUUCACGAAAGACCCCACGUUUGCGCCCAACAAUGUGCUAAAGGUAUCCAGAGCCGCGGGCGCCCUCUGCAUGUGGGUGCAUGCCAUGCAAAUGUAUGCGGAAGUUUAUCGUGAGGUUGAGCCCAAGCGGCUGCGGCUCCGACUGGCUGAGGAACAACUGGAAAAGAAACAGAUGGAUCUUUUGGCCUCCACACAGAGACUCCAGGAUAUUCAGCAGCGUCUGGAAGAGCUGAAAGACCAGUACAACGCCUCAAUUCGGACCAAGGACGAGCUGAACGCGUCUGCAGAGGAAUUAAAACUGAAGAUGGAACGCGCAGAAAGUCUGAUUGCUGGACUCGCCGGAGAGCGCGACAGGUGGGAGAUCUCUCUCGCUCAAAGCACGGAGAAGUUGAAGGCGCUCCCGGGCGAUUGCUUGGUUGCCGCAGCGUUCAUGGCCUACGCUGGACCCUUCAACGCCGACUACCGGAAGCGCCUUGUCACGCAAAGCUGGGUGCCGCUGGUGAGCACCUUCAACAUUCCGCACAAUCCGAAUUUUGACUUUGCGGAUUUUCUGGCGAGACCGAUCGAUGUGCGACAGUGGAAUCUCCAAGGACUUCCCUCGGACCGUUUCUCGACAGAAAACGGCGUCUUGGUGACAAUGUCUCGGCGCUGGCCGCUGAUGAUCGAUCCUCAGAACCAGGCGACAAAAUGGAUUCGCCGACUCGAGGCCGCAAACGACCUGAGGCUCGUCGACCCUGAGACAAGAAACUACAUGCGAGUCAUCACCACGGCUGUUGAAAAUGGGAAGCCGCUUCUUAUGGAGAGAGUGCAGAACGGGAUAGACCCUUCUCUCGAGUCGCUUCUCGCUCAGAGAAUCACUGAUGUCGGAGGAUCACCCUCAAUCAGGAUAGGAGACGUUGUCGUUCGGUACAAUACGAACUUCAGAUUCUACCUAACAACCAAAAUGUCAAAUCCGCACUUCAUGCCCGAGAUCGCCUCGAGUGUCAAUCUUGUCAAUUUUAUUGUCAAAGAAGAUGGUCUAACGGCUCAACUUCUGGCCAUUGUGGUCAUGAAAGAAGAGCCGAGGUUAGAAGAGCAGAAGAAUGAACUGGUGGUGAGCCUCGCAGAAGGCCGGCGUCGACUUCAAGACUUGGAGGACGAAAUCCUGAGACUCCUGACGAACUCGCAAGGAUCACUUCUCGACGAUGUGGAGUUGAUCACGGCACUGCAGGAGUCAAAGUCCAUUGCAGGAGAAGUCACUCGGCAAAUUGAAGUUUCGGAGCAAACCAUGCAGAAAAUUGACCAGGCGAGAGACGCUUACAAGCCCUGCGGUAUUCGUGCGUCGGUGCUCUUUUUCGUCCUUCAUGACUUGAUCGUCGCAGAUCCCAUGUACCAGUUUUCGCUCGAUUCGUACGUCGAGUUGUUUGUUUCAAGCAUCGAAAAAACUAAGGAAGACAACGCCAUGACGACUUCUGUCGAGGAGCACGUACAAAUACUCAACAGCUACCAUACAGUCGCAGUCUACAGGAACGCGUGUCUAGGUUUAUUCGAGAAACACAAGCUGCUGCUGAGUCUGCAUUUGACUACAAGUAUUCUUCAGUCUCGAGGCCAACUAAACAGAGAAGAGUACCAGUUCCUUCUGACGGGAGCGAGCGUAGCCGAUCGAAGGAACCAAGAGCAAAAUCCAGACCCCGACUGGAUCAGCGAGAGCGUCUGGGACAGCAUUUGCGAACUGAGCAAAUUGCAGAACUUCCAAGGGUUCCAGACGUCGUACGAGCAAAGUCUGAGAGAUUGGCGGAAGUGGUACGCGACAGUGGAACCGGAGAGAGAGUCGCUUCCUGGAGAGUGGCAGACACGGCUGGACUCGCUCCAGAGACUGUUGAUUAUUCGAUCUCUGAGACCAGAUCGUUUCCUUCCUGCGGCAACGCGCUUCAUUGCCGAGACCAUGGAUGGGCGCUUCGUCGACUCGCCACCCCUGAAUUUGGAGGCGGUUUUUAACGCCUCAAAGAACACCAUUCCUCUCAUUUUUGUGCUCUCGAAAGUCGACCCAACAGGUCAACUCAUGGCGCUCGCCUCAGCGAAGAACGUUCAGGCGAUCGCCGUCGCCCUCGGGCAAGGGCAAUCUGCUCGCGCCGAGAAACUGAUUCGAGAAGGUGCUCGCCACGGCUUCUGGGUCUUCCUCGCAAAUUGCCAUCUCGCUCUCUCUUGGCUUCCGACCAUGGAGAAGAUAAUAGAAGAAGUGACGGAAUCCGAUCCUCACGAAAACUUUCGUCUCUGGCUCUCUUCCGAACCCCAUCCUGACUUUCCCAUUGCUCUGCUUCAGCGGUCCACGAAAAUCACUACGGAGCCUCCAAAGGGGCUGAAGUCGAAUCUGCAGCGACUUCUGCUUCAGCACACCGACGAGGACUUGAACAGAGUGAAAUGCGGGGACGAUCGGUACCGCCGUCUGUUUUUCGCUCUGUGUUGGCUACAUGCUGUUCUCCUCGAAAGGCGGAAAUUCAAGAGCGUCGGGUGGAAUGUACCCUACGACUUCAACGAUUCGGAUUUCCUUGUUAGCGACAACAUCCUCUCCAUUUAUGUCGAACAGUACAGCAACGACAUGCCGUGGGAGGCCCUUAGAUACAUGAUUGCUGACGCGUGCUACGGGGGUCGAGUCACAGACGACAAAGACCUUCGCUUGCUUCGGGUCUACUGCGCCGACUUCUUCUGUCCACAAGCUCUUCAACCAGAUUUCAGCUUCUCCAGCUCAGGCACGUACUACAUUCCUGAAGAUACAACUCUGACUGGACUGUCGAAUUACGUGCGGGACCUCUCUGUCAUAGAUCCACCAGAAGCCUUCAGUCAACAUGUCAACGCAGAGAUUUCCUCCCAGAUCGCAGACGCAGAGAGUCUCCUGUCAACGCUUUUGCUUCUUCAACCUCCCGGCACGACCGUGCAGUCAGCUGGAGGAGCUGGAAAGCCUGAGGACCAGGUCUACAGAAUCUGCGAGACAGUUGAGCAGGAGUGGCCAGCAGACAUCGACUACCCGCUUAUUGUCGCUCGCGGGGAAGGCGAUGUCUCGCCUCUACGGGUUGUUCUCCUUCAGGAGGUUCAGCGAUUCAACAGGCUGCUUCAGUUCGUUCGUGAAUCUCUCGGAUCCUUGAAGAAAGGCUUAGUGGGUCUUGCGGUGAUGUCUGACGAGGUGGAACUGGUGAUGCAGGCUCUCGAGAAGAGCAAAGUUCCCGAGGCGUGGAAGUUCGCCUACCCCUCUGUGAAAUCGCUCUCCAGCUGGGUUCUCGACCUGAAAGAACGAGUCGAGUUCAUGAGUAAAUGGGGGCUGGAAAGGAUCCCGAAAGUUUUUUGGCUUGGCGGGUUCACCUAUCCGAGUGGCUUCUUAACUGCAUUGCUCCAGCAGUUCGCGCGCCGAAACACUCUCUCCAUCGACACGCUAAACUUUGACUUUCUUGUUCAGACGACUGGAGAUGAGAACCAAAUAGCUCAACCGCCUAAGGAGGGAGCGUAUAUCAAGAAAAUGUACCUUGAAGGUGCAAGCUGGAACUGGGAGAGCCACUGCCUACGAGACUCAGAGCCAAUGAAGCUGAUCACAGAUAUGCCUAUCAUCCAUUUCAAGCCUGUGGCAAGAAGACGCGCUACUACAGAGACGACGUACAUGUGUCCUCUGUACAUGUAUCCGAUCAGAACUGGCACGAGAGAGCGACCGUCAUUAGUGACUAUAGUCGAGCUGAAAUCUGGAGGUGUUGAUUCGUCUUUCUGGGUAAAGAGAGGGACUGCAUUGCUUCUCUCGAAGUCCGACUGA